AGGUAAUGUAUAGUAAUAUAUUCUAAUGGUUACUAUCUAAAAUAAAUCUUACUUAUCAGAAUCUGGUAUCUUUGCAAGUUGUACACACAGUUGCAUUAACAUUCGACUAUCAUUUGUUUCUUUUAAUACUUGCAUAAGUAAUGUUACACAUCUUGACAUAUGUGAUGCAAAACUUCCUGGUCUAUCAAUUUCACGAUUUGGUAUAUGCCAUACACCCUAAAAUAUAUAGUACAUAAAAUUUAAAAGUACUUGUUGACAAAAAUAGAAUACGUAAAAAUUGUUACGUAUUCUUACAUAGAAUACGUAACAAAAGUGUUAACAACAAGUAAUGUAUUGUUCAGGAUUAAUAAUGAAGAUCUAUUACAUAACCUUUAUAAUAAUCCUAUAUUGUAAAUUGGCAUUUGAUGUUAGAUGUGUGACUGCACGUAAUAGUGUUAUAAUAGAUACGGAUCCAGGUAGUGAUGAUGCAUUAGCAAUAUUAUUAGCACUUGCAUAUGAGAAAUCUAGUUCUGAAGAUUUUAAAGUUUUAGCAAUAACAUGUACAUACGGCAAUACAUAUUUAGAAAACGUAGAAAAGAAUGUUCUUAAGAUUUUAGAAAUAGCUGAUAGAAGUGAUAUACCUGUCUACAGUGGUAGUAAAAAAUCACUAAUAUAUAAUUUUACUGCAUCAAAUUAUUUUGGUAAAGAUGGUUUGGGAGAUUUUGAAUUUGACAAAAAUAUUACUGGUAAAAUAAACAGAACUAAGCAUGCUUCUAUGGUAAUAGUAGAUAUGGCAAAACAAUAUCCAGAUGAAAUUACCAUAAUAUGCUUAGGUCCUUUGACUAAUAUAGCUACAGCCAUUAUUUUAGAACCGAAUUUGCAAGACUAUGUUAAAAAUAUAUUUAUAAUGGGUGGAAGUGUAGCAGGAAUUGGUAAUUUUAAACCUAAUGUAGAAUAUAAUUUUGGAAACGAUCCAGAAAGUAAUUUUAUAUCACUAAAUUCUACAACAAAAACACCAGUUAUACUUAUUCCUUGGGAUGUAUGUCUUUCGUAUAAAAUAUCACUGGAAUGGCGUUACAAUGUUUUUGGUAAAUUGAAUUCUACUAUGGUAGACUUUUUAAAUAAAGCAGAAAGAAUUGCGCUAAAUUCUACGGUUGAAUGGUGCCCAAUAGAUACAAUCGCUGUUGCUACUGUGAUAUGGCCUGCUUUUAUAUUAAAAUCAACUCUAAAAAAUAUAUAUCCUGUAAUUGAUGGAACUGGACGAGGUUCUAUUCUUGUAGAUUAUGCAGAAUCUACUGAUAGAAUAAAGAAUGCCAAAAUAAUUCAGGAAUACGAUAUGGUAAUGUUGAAAGAUAAAUUACUUCAUUAUUUUCAAUAAUUAAUGAUGAUAUCUAACAUAACUAAAUAUGUAUUAUAAUAUUUCUAAACUUAUCUGUAUGCUAUUUAAAAUGUAAAUAAAAAUGUAAACAAACUUA